CGAAAGACUGAAAGCAACAGUUGGUGCAGGACAGGACAGUUAUUGAUUUCUUGGCAGAAAUCGAGCGUUCGUGUCUCGCAGAAUGCAUCUGAUAGUCGUUGUGUGAUGUCACACUUUAUCGUCGAUUCCGUCUAUUGUCGUUGCUCACGGACGUUCACAUUUGGCAUGUUUUUAAGUGUCGUUGGAAGCAAGGCCGGAGCGACCAUGCAUGACUGAAAAUGAAGCGUUUGUGUGGCAAGUGAGCAACCACGUCAAGCAAUGUUCAAACUGUACUACAACGACAUGAGCCCCCAGAGCAGGGCUGUUCUAAUGACGGCGGGGGCCAUCGGGACGCAUCUAGACCUCCAGGAGGUCAACAUCUACGGCAAGGAUCUCGACCCUGAACUCCUCCAGAUAAACCCCCAUCACAUGGUGCCCACGCUGGUCGAUGGUGACUUUACCAUCUGGGACAGCCAUGCGAUCGUGGGGUACCUCGUCGGUCGACACUCCUCCGACGAGUUGUACCCCAAAGAAACGAAACUGAGAGCUUUAGUUGAUCAAUUUUUACAUUUUGAUUCAGGCGUCUUGUUUACCAGAGUCAAUAGCAUUAUCAAUUCUAUAGUGGUGGAGAACGAUAAAGAAAUCUCGACGCAAAGAAUAAGUGCAAUUACGGAAUCUUACAAAUUUUUAGAUAAAUUUCUACAAAACAAAAAUUACUUAAUUGGUCCAAACCUCACGGUGGCUGACUUAUGUUGCGUUGCAACGAUCAGUACAGCCACUAUAAUUACCCCCAUAUCAACGGAAAAGUACCCCAACCUGUCCACGUGGUACAGAACCUGCAAGAACCUACCCUAUUACGAACAAACGAACGGGGUGGGUCUCAACAAACUCGACGCUUUGGUCGAACUCAAGUUAGGCCGACCUCGAACCAAAGACUUCUGUGAAUAAACUUUCUCUGUGUGAAUUUAAAAAAGAACCUCAAACUGGUCUUAUGUUUCUCGUGAUAUUAUACAUUUAAUUUAUUUAACGCUUUUAUUAAUAGAAUAUUUAUACAUA